AUGGCAGACAGAAGACCAGAGAAGUCAUGUGAACAAGCAUGUGAAUCACUCAGACAGCAGGAUUACGAAGUGGCGGUGAAGCACUGCACGGAGGCCCUCUUUUCCCUCAGUCGGUACCCUCCCAGUCACUUCCCAGAAGCAUGUCAGGCUGAAAUCGACCGCAUCAAAAUUGAGAGCCUUCUCUAUAGAAUCGCUUCUUCUUUACAACUUAAAAACUAUGGAAAGGCAGAUGAAGACUGCAGGCAUGUAUUGGGAGAAGGACUGGACAAGGAAGAUGACACUUUCCGUGCAGUGCUUUGCUGCAUGCAUCUUAAAGGGAAGCUGCAGAUUGUAUCGAACGCUCUUUCUAAAUCACUGAUGGGUGAAUCACUGAACGGGAUGGUAACUAAAGAUCUGACGAGGCUGAAAACACUUCUUGUUGAAACAGAGGCAGCAGCUGGUAAAGUACCCUCAGUAUACCGUGUAGAAGAAUUGGAGGAAGGAUCUCAGGAUGGCUGGCAAUUUCGACCGCCGCCCAGGGGAGUCACAAGUAGUGAGGAGUACACACUAUGCAGAAGGUUUUUAGAGCAAGGAAUCUGCAGGUAUGGUGCACAGUGUACUUCAGCACAUUCCCAGGAAGAGCUAACAGAAUGGCAGAAGCGAUACGCAUCCCGCUUGAUAAGGUUGAAACAGCAGAAGGAAAACAAGCAAUGUUUAGGCAGUUACAUGGAAUCCCUGAUCGAGAAAUGGAUGAACUCAUUAUCUCCUGAGAAAGUGCUUAGUGAGUGCCUAGAUGGCGUGAGAGUUGAACAUAGCCCUGAACUGUCAGUUACUGUCACGACCAAAAAAUCACAACAGAUGUGGACAUUUGCUCUGACAUGUAAGCCUGCAAGAAUGCUGUAUCGGGUGGCAUUGCUUUAUGAUGCGCAUCGUCCUCAUUUCACUAUCACAGCAAUAUCUGCAGGAGAUAGCACUACCCAGGUAUCGCAAGCAGUCCCAGAAAACUGCCAGGAAUGGAUAGGAGGAAAAAUGGCCCAGAAUGGAAUAGAUCACUUGGUGUACAAAAUCAGCAUAGCCUUUAGCACAGAAAUCUUUGGGACGUUUCGCCAAACUGUGGUAUUUGAUUUUGGAACUGAACCAGUUUUGAUGCAACGAGUGAUGAUUGAUGCUGCUUCAACAGAAGAUCUUGAAUACCGGAUGAAUGCACGACAACAAUUACUAACUACAGCCAAACGUUGGGAUUCCACUUCUAAGACUAUUGUAGAAUUUGAGCCAAAUGAGACUACUGAAUUGGAUAAGAGCCUUCUGAUCAGAUACCAAAUUCCUCUCUCUGCUGACCAGUUAUUUACACAGUCUGUCUUGGAUAAAUCAUUGACCAAGAGUAACUAUCAGUCACGAUUGCAUGAUCUCCUUUAUAUUGAAGAAAUAGCACAAUAUAAAGAAGUCAGCAAGUUCAACAUAAAAGUGCAAUUGCAGAUUGUAGCAAACUUCAUGCUCACCGGUGUUUCUGGAGGUGCAAAGUAUGCCCAAAAUGGACAGCUUUUUGGACGAUUUAAACUCACUGAAACACUUUCUGAAGACACUUUGGCAGGACGACUGGUGAUGACCAAAGUCAAUGCUGUUUAUUUAUUGCCAGUCACUAAAGAGAAGUCAAUACUGACCCAAGGAACCAAAGAAAAGGUGUAUGAAGCAGCUAUUGAAGAAAAAACAAAGGAGUAUAUAUUUUUGAGAAUAUCCAGGGAAUGCUGUGAAGAACUUAAUCUUCGAGCAGAUUCUGAAAUGCAGGUUGAACUUCAGUUUCAGUUAAACCGCUUACCCCUCUGUGAAAUGCAUUAUGCCUUGGACAGGAUCAAGGACAACAGUAUUCUCUUUCCAGAUGUCAGCAUGACUCCCACAAUACCUUGGAGCCCCAACAGACAGUGGGAUGAGCAGUUGGAUCCUCGGCUCAAUGCAAAGCAGAAAGAGGCUGUUCUGGCUAUCACAACACCACUCUCAAUACAGUUGCCUCCUGUUCUUAUCAUCGGUCCCUAUGGGACAGGAAAAACCUUCACUUUGGCUCAGGCAGUCAAGCACAUACUCCAACAGCAGGAUACUAGCAGGAUUCUCAUUUGCACCCAUUCUAAUAGUGCUGCUGAUCUCUACAUAAAGGAUUAUUUACAUCCAUAUGUAGAAGCAGGCAAUCCCCAGGCGAGACCUCUCAGGGUGUAUUUCAGAAAUCGCUGGGUAAAGACUGUUCACCCAGUUGUGCAUCAAUACUGUUUGAUUUCAAGCACACAUUCCACCUUUCAGAUGCCCCAGAAAGAAGAUAUUCUUAAACAACGAGUAGUAGUGGUUACUUUGAAUACUUCACAAUAUUUAUGUCAGCUGGAUCUUAAACCUGGGUUUUUUACACAUAUUCUGUUAGAUGAAGCUGCACAGGCAAUGGAGUGCGAGACUAUCAUGCCUCUAGCAUUAGCAAGUAAAAAUACAAGAAUUGUCUUGGCUGGAGACCAUAUGCAACUUAGUCCUUUUGUCUACAGUGAGUUUGCCAGAGAGAGAAAUCUUCACGUCUCGCUACUUGACCGUCUCUAUGAACACUACCCUGCAGAAUUUCCUUGCAGGAUCUUGCUGUGUGAGAACUAUCGCUCCCAUGAAGCUAUCAUCAAUUACACAUCUGAACUUUUCUAUGAGGGCAAAUUGAUGGCAAGUGGAAAGCAGCCAGCGCACAAGGAUUUCUACCCACUGACUUUCUUCACGGCACGAGGAGAAGAUGUGCAAGAAAAAAACAGUACUGCUUUUUACAACAAUGCAGAGGUGUUUGAAGUUGUAGAACGUGUCGAAGAACUGAGGAGAAAGUGGCCUGUAGCCUGGGGGAAACUGGAUGACGGCAGCAUAGGUGUUGUAACACCAUAUGCUGAUCAAGUGUUCAGAAUUCGGGCAGAGCUUCGGAAAAAAAGAUUGUCUGAUGUCAGUGUUGAAAGAGUGCUAAAUGUUCAGGGAAAGCAGUUUCGAGUGUUGUUUCUCAGCACGGUACGAACACGGCACACAUGCAAACACAAGCAAACACCAAUAAAACGGAAGGAGCAUUUAUUGGAAGAUUCAACUGAAGACUUGGAUUAUGGUUUUUUGUCCAAUUACAAACUUCUCAACACAGCCAUAACAAGAGCACAGUCCCUAGUAGCUGUGGUGGGAGACCCUAUUGCUCUGUGUUCCAUUGGAAGAUGCAGGAAAUUUUGGGAAAGGUUUAUUGCCCUUUGUCAUGAAAAUGAAAGUCUUCAUGGUAUCACAUUUGAUCAGAUCAAGGCUCAGCUGGAAGCUUUGGAGUUAAAGAAAACCUAUGUAUUGAAUCCGCUGGCUCCUGAAUUUAUUCCACGGGCGUUGCGACAGCAGCAUUCAUCACACACUAACAAACCACAGCAGUCACCACCAAAGGUGAAAGGCCACCACCAUAAUCAGAAUGACCAUUUUCAAAGUGAUGGAAUUGUUCAGCCCAAUCCUUCUGUUUUAAUUGGAAAUCCUAUCAGAGCCUAUACUCCUCCUCCCCCUCCUCCACCUACUUCUGGGCCUCAUCCCAACCUUGGGAAAUCUCCUAGUCCAGUUCAAAGGAUAGAUCCUCACACUGGGACAAGCAUUCUUUAUGUACCUGCUGUUUAUGGAGGAAAUAUGGUCAUGUCUGUGCCUUUGCCCGUACCAUGGACAGGAUAUCAGAGUAGGUUUGCAGUUGACCCUCGAAUCAUUACUCAUCAAGCAGCCAUGGCGUAUAAUGUGAAUCUGUUACAAGCACAUGGACGUGGGUCUCCUAUACCCUAUGGUCUUGGACAUCACUCACCCGUUAGUAUAGGGCAACAGCAGCUUCACCAUUCAGAUAAAGAGCAACUUGAACAAAAUCGAAGCAGUAAAAAUGAACCUAGUGCUGGACCUGAAAUCAAUAAAAUCCGGACACCUGAGAAGAAACCCAUGGAAGCCAAACAGGUUGACUUAGAAGCAAAUUCCCAAAAUAGAAGCCCGGAGUUGCGACCCAGCGCUGCUUAUCCUAAUUCUAAAUUUCACCGCAAAGAUAAUCUUAACCCCCGGCAGCUGAAUCUUCACCUCACCCCUCCGCAUGCUCAGUACGCUGUUCCUAAUCGCCACUUCCAGCACCUGCCCCAGAUUCCAAGGCAGCCAUACCCUUUACAACAACCGCAGAACCCUUUGAGUCAACAGCAAAAUCAUUUGUCUGAACAGCAAAACCAAAUGGAUCCACAACAGAACCAGAUAGCCCAACAGCAUAAUCAUUUAAAUCAGCAGCCACUGCAGGCACCCUCACAGCUUUCCCCAGCCUAUCAAACAGGCCCCAACCAGUCAUUCUUUAAAAACCCAGUCCCACACAGACCUCAUUCCCCUGGUGUAGACCCUGUGAUUUCAGAGCAGCACCCUCCAUCCCUGUUACAAGAAGUUGGUAACCCUCUGAGACCCAUUGCACAGCACAACCCAAUGAUGCCGCCCCACUUGAACCACUUCAUUGAAGAGAAUCCUCCAGGGAUGCCUAUAGGAGAGCAAUUAGAUCGUAUUCAUGGAAAUUUAGCUUUGGAAACCUUAAGGCAACAGCAAGCAAGACUACAGCAAUGGAAUGAGCAUAACGCCUAUCUCAGUCAGGGCAAUAUUCCUUAUUCUCACCAUCACCAUCCUCACUUAUCCCACCUUUCUCAGCAGCCAAUUGGAUUGCAUCAGCAGCCAGUUAGGGCAAACUGGAAACUUGCCAACAAUGUAGAAGAUGAAACUGAGGCAACGUAUUCAAGGCUCCAGGAUUUCCUCCGAGAACUAUCACACCGUGAUCAACAUGAAGGCAUGGACCUAGCUGAAUGCCGCCACCUCAGUCGAGACUUUGCAAUACAGACAAGUACAAUCCAGAAGCCCACCAGCACUCCCUUCCCCUUCGUGCAAUUCAAACCACAGUGGCCACUUUCCUAAUUUCUCAGAGAACAGAAGACAUUGAAGUAUCUACAACCCAGCAUUUCAGCAGCAUCGGCCUCAAAUGUACAAUCCCCCUUUCUCAAUGCCAUCAGAACACAUACCCACCUUCCCUGAAAUACCUGCAGCCCUGAUGGAUCAUGGACUUAUGCUAAUCUACACCAGAUCAUCUAAUGGGGCAAGGCUUUCAUUAUGGUAUACCUCCAUUGCCUCAUAGAUCGCAGCAGAACCCUUUUAUCCAAAUACAGAACCAUCAGCACACAGUUGGUCAGAACCAUUUAACUCCCCACUUCGCGAGCAGUGUCUGCUUCUUCGCUGCAUAGCUUAGAAGAGUAUGAACCAAGAGGACCAGGCAGGCCGUUGUACCAAAGAAGAAUUUCAUCUAGUUCAGCCCAGGCUUGUUCUGAAGAUAAAUGCUCCUCAAGAUAGCCUUGGACAGUGUAAAGAGCUUCAGGACCAUAGCAACACAUCUUCUUUCAAUUAUUCAUCCCCCGAAUUGUGGGUAAACUCCACCUCAUCAGCCCCAUAUCAGAACAUUCCAUGCAAUGGUUCCAAUAGAGCAGUCCCACCAAGAGAACUCUUGGUUCCUUCAAAGACCGCCAAGCCGCCCGAGGAACCGAUGAAAGUUGAGAACAUCCAGCUGUCCAAUUCAUUUAAUUACAAUAUGCUCCAACAUCUGGCCAGUUCCCUCCCUCAUGCCCAACAAGCAGAUCGUGGAAUCCAACAGCAACAGCCAGCCCAGCGCUGGUGCAAACAAGCCGGCCAUGUCUUAAGUGCUCUGAGGGCGCCACCAAAGCCCAAAGCGCCCCUGAGCAGGCAAAAAAGAAUAGCGAUCCUUUGUCUUUGUUUCAGGAACUUAGUCUAGGUAGUUCAUCAGGUAGCAAUGGCUUUUACUCCUAUUUUAAAUAAUCAGAAUAUUUUUGUAGAGAACAUUUUAAUUUCUAUUUGUGUCAGUAGACUUAAGAUAGUUGGGGCUUCCUAUGCAGUUGCCACCAUUUCUCUUUGUUUAUAUUAGUAAAUAUAUCUUGGUUUAAUUGCUUUGCUGCUAGACUUGAAGCUAACCUUUUUAAAUUAUAUUCCGUUCCCCCCCCCCCCAAUGUGGGUCAGAAGUUUGAAAAAAUUUCCCUAGAAAACACACACUUUAAAAAAAUGAAAAAAAAAAUGUAACAUUAUAUAUGUGUUGCAUUAAAGCUAGCAGCUGAAAAGUUAACUGUGCAACUUAAAUAUAUAUAUAUAAUUUUUUUAAAAAAAAGUUGUCUAAAUUGUAUUUAAAAAAAUUGUAAGUAGCAUUUACAUUUAUUCAAUAACAUUUAGCAUACUAUGCUGGGUUUCUGUACCAGAAAUGGCCAGUUAAUGUACAAAUGUAUGUUAUGUCUGCUUAAAUUGUUUAUUUUUUUUUAAUAAAGGUGCAGCAUCUUAUAAUUACUUUCAGUUUUAUCAACUUUCUGUGAAAGGAUGCUGCAUUCUAAAACUUUUAUAGUUUUAGAACCUGUAUGAUGUGGUAUAGUAAUCUCCUUUGACUGUAGGAUAAAGUGAAGACCCUUUGCAGACCCACACACCACUGUUUUUAACUUUUCAGAGUAAAGCAGUGGUCGAUUAAAAAAAAAAAUCAAAAAAAAAUUCUGCACAUUUUACUUUUGGACAGGCUGCUAAAUUUAGCUUGUUGGAAAGAUUAAUUUGAUAGAUUUUUUAAAAAAAAGAAUCAUGAAAUUAAAAACAAUUUUUUGCUAUGUUGGGUGCUUCGUAGUUUAAUAACUAUUAAAAAAAUUGAGUGAAUUUAGUAAAUAUUUGGGUCCCCUCCCAACUAUGCAUGUGUAAAUGCUUGUAAUCUGGUUUCUCCUACUCUUGGCUUCUCUAGUGGUAUAAAGAAUUGUGCCGCUUUAAGGGUUCUCCCCCCCCCCCCAAGUAAAACCUUUUGGUACAUUAUUUGAUGUUUACAUUAAAUGUGACAUUAUACAACGGAUCUUCAGAUAUUUUGCUAACUGUUUUGUUGAGGAACAUAAUUAAAGAAGAUUUUUAUGUUUGUCAAAGCUGUAUCCAAAUUAAUCCAAAAUUUUGGGGAGUCAAGUUGUGGGGGGAGGGAGUGAGGGAGGGGGGGACUUGUGAAUCCAUAUGGUUGUUUUAUCUUUGUAUGUUCUGCUGAGGUUUUCCACAAUCUUGGUCUUUUACCACUAUAUAUUGAAAGUGAAAUCUAUAAAGAAUUAUACAGCAAUAUGUAACAAAAUUUUGGAGGAAAAAAACAUUUAGGGUAAUGUUUACCUUUCAGGUUGUGGUCUUGUACACUGUUCAUACUUUUGAAGUAAGGGAUGUAUCUUUUAUAGCUUCUACAGAGGCCCUUGUCCUCCUUUACACUUGAAAAGAUCUCUUCGAUCGGGGACGUUAAUUUUUAUCAAUAUUUUAAUUUAUUGUAAUUUCCCAUUGUGAGACACGAGAGUAAUAUUUUCAAUAGUAUCAUUUUAAAAAGUGUGUUUCUCUUUGAGGUGGCACAGCUCCCCACAGCUUUGAAAACAUUGGGAUUAACCCAGAACCUUUUUGCUGAGCUAGUACUUGCUGCUGUAUUCAAUCUGAUAUUUGCUCUUGUUACAAUCCAUUGUCCUGUUGGGGUUUUUUUUUUGUGAAUCGUUGUGGUGAAAUCUCAGCUUGGUUUGAAAUCAAUAUCACCUUUCUUACUGAUUUCAGGUAAGUCGGGAUUUCACUGAAGGGUCUUUCUAUAAGAGAUCUGCAUACUGAUUUAAUGCAUUGCAAUAUCUGAAUGGUUACCAGGUUCGUGGUUCAGAAAUGCAGGAUAAAAGCUGCAUGGCUAUGUAACUUGUAUUUCUUAAUGUUAUAGAAACAAACAAACAAAAAGUGAAGGAGAAUGUCCCUGCUCAAUUUUGCUUCACAGUUUGAGCACACAGUAUCAGGAAGUUCCAGAGACUAAGUUCUCUGCAUCCUAAACAGAGCUUUCAUCAUUAUCAUUAGUAUUUUUGGUCUGCUGAGUACUGCAGACAAUGGCCCUAAUGAAAUUAGAUUGCUAAUGAUAGUAUCUCAAUUGGUAUAAACCAGGGUUAGCCCCUUUGAAAUAAGUGACACUAUAUCUGAUGUCGCCUCCUAAAGUUCUGAGUUCCAAUCCUGCCCCUGGUUACUCAUGGCAAAUUCUGUUGAAGGCAAUGACAUUUACCCACUCAUAACCUAAGGCAGGAAUUUUGUCUUUUUGUCCCACUUAAAAUGUGGACACAAUAAAGAGUUGUUGGUGAUAUGUACAAAACCAGGGAUAGGCAGCCUGAUGCACUCCAGAUGUUUUGAACUGAAUCCAUAUCUUUGGCCAUACUAGGGGGGGCUGAUGCGAGUUGUAUUCCAGAACAUGUGGUGGUCACCAAGAUGCCUACCCCUGUCGGUGAUGAUAACAGGUUAGUUAGAGCUCAAAUGCACUCACUCAAGUCAGCACUAUAUCUUCAGGGGUUUCAAAUCACACAUUUAUAUAGAGUUUUAUUAUUCUGUUCACCUUAUCUGAAAUAUUAAACUAAUAAAUUUU